UCACGACUUUAACAGAAUUUUGGCCAGCGUACAUAUUCACGAGUUUGAAUAUGAUACUGUUUUCCUCAAAUCAAUAUAUUUAAUAAGAGAAAAAAAUUAAGUGCAAAAAGUAAAAGUGGGAAAAGUAAUUGAAUUUUUUCAUUCCUAUUUUAGUUUUCACUCUAACAUAUACUUCUUUCUUUAGUUCCUCAACCUUCUCAUUUUCCUUUUCUUUGAUAGCACACAACUUUUUUUCUUUUUUGCCUCAGAGCUCAUACUGAUGGUCCUAUUUUCAGUCAUGGGGUUCUUACAAGAAUGUUUACAUGACCAGCUGCAGCCAGCAGUAGUUGAGCAGCCACCACCCGUAGUGGUGGAACCAAACCGGUCCACACACCGAUCGAUCGAAACACUGGUAGUUGUGCUAGCUGUGAUCACUAUAGUAGCUGUUAUUGCAGGGAGUAUUGCUCGCUUAUGCGGUGGCCGGCAUUUUGGCCGCAACGGGGAGCAUGACAUUGAAGGUUGGGUCGAAAGAAGGUGUAGAAGUUGCAUUGAUAGUGGAUUACCGCCGCCUCCAGCAGAAGCGUCUAAGCCAGCAACAGCGGAUGAUCCAAAGAAAUGAGUCUAUGUUGCACCAGAAUUUAUGGAGUACUAUACCUCAUCCUAUCGUAUUUAUUUCCGAAAAUACUUAUAAAUUAUUAAACUUUUAUAGCUCUAGACAAUCUCAUUACUAUUACAUGUUAGCUUCAUUGUUGUUAAAAGAGUAGCGAUUUUAGUAUAAUCUUUUUUAUUUUAAUUUUAUUGUAGUUUUUAUUUGUACUAAUAUAUAUUGAGCUUCCUUUUUUUUGGCAACA